ACAUUUCAAUUCUUUGUCAUUAUUGGAAGGUAAGAUGUAAAGUUUCCGUGGAAAAUUCCCCUCUAAAACCCUCUUCCAUUAUUGCUAUACCUUUAAUGCUCAAAUUGAAGAGUUGAUUCACUUAAAGAAAGCAACGCCUCAGAACAAACACCGACACCUGUGGCUUGGAACCGUUAAGUAGAUUGAAGAAGUUGGAGGUCCUCAAUUUGAAUGACAAUUACUUCGACAACAGCAUCCUGCCGUCUUUGGGUGCCCUCAAAUCCCUCUUUCUAGGAAUGAUUUCACAAACCCUUUUCCUUUUGAAGAGUUAGCGGGUCUAGAGAACUUGCGAAUGUUGGAUUUGAGUGGGAAUGGUUUAAAGCUAAAGGGCACUCUACGACUCCAAGGCCUUAAGCUCUUGUUCGAUAGGUUGAAAAACCUGGAGAGACUCAAUUCCUUUGACACAAGUAUGGGAGCCCUCAAAUCCCUCAAGUCUCUGUGGCUCUCUGAUAAUGAAAUGGAAGGGACCUUUCCUAGCGGAGAAUUAGCAGAUUUACAGAACCUGGAAGCGUUGGAUUUAGGUUCGAAUAAAUUUAACGGCACUCCACAAAUAAUCCAAGGUUGUCGAAUAACAAUUUAGAUGGCCAAAUGCUUCCAACAGCUUUCAACUUGACUGGUUUGAAGUACUUAUAUGUAGACGGAAAGAAUUUUAAGGAAACGUUCUGUAUAGCUUGUCUAAAAGCUGGGAUUUGAUAGCACUGGAUGUGAGUAAUAACAACAUCUCUGGUAGGCUUCCUGGAUAUGGUUGGGGAAUUUAUCAAGUUUGGAGGUAGUUGUCAUGGCCAACAAUCAUAUUGAAGGACCAAUUCCAGCCAACUUUUGUGCACUUGGAGAACUUUGGUUUCUAGAUCUUUCUGAGAACAAUUUUAAUGGCUUAAUACCAUCUUGCUUCA